AUGAGUCGGGCAGAGCCUAGGCAACUGGUGGAGGAGGAGGUGGACUCCAAGCGCUCCAUGCUCCCUGUCUCCAUGUUUUGCCGCAUAACCUUUUUCAUGUUGCUUUCUGCUGUGUGUGUGAUGCUGAAUUUGGCUGGCUCCAUCCUCUCCUGUCAGAAUGCUCAGCUCGUCAGCUCCCUGGAAGAGUGUCAGUUGAUUAAGUUUGACAGCGUGGAGGUGUGCGUCUGCUGUGAAGUACAGCAUCAGUCAUCUGGCUGCAGCAACCCUGGGGAGACGCUGAAGAUGAACCCGUUGCAGGAGGACUGCAAUGCUGUGCGGCUGACAUUGAAGGAUCUGCUCUUCAGCGUGUGUGCCCUCAACAUCCUCUCCACCAUUGUGUGUGCCUUGGCGACAGCCAUGUGCUGUAUGCAGAUGAUCUCCUGUGAUGUCCUGCAGAUGUUCCUCCCACAGACAUCCCAUUCUGCCAACCCCACAUGCAUGACUCCGCAUGGCAUUGUUCUCCACCAGACGCUGGACUUUGAUGACUUCAUCCCCCCCAUCCCGCCCCCACCUUACUACCCUCCGGAAUACACCUGCACGCCCACGACGGAAGCCCAGAGGGGCCUGCACCUGGACUUUGCUCCCUCCCCCUUCAGCACCUUGUAUGAUGUCUCCAUCAACAGCCCUGUCCUACUCUACCCUGCUGAACUUCCUCCACCCUACGAGGUCGUGGUGAACCAGAGUAUGGUCAGUCAGGUAAGAUCAGUAGGUCAGCAGGUGACUGAGUCCAGCUCUGGGGAGCCAACUGCUGGCUUCAGCACACAAGCGCCAGCAGACCCCACGAAUGUCCCAGCUGUGGAGCAUGCCAGCACACCAGGCCGGAGCCUUUGCUCCCCAGAAGACCCGGGCACCCCACACUCCCAGCCACCGUCUCCGCUGCCCCGUCAUCGCUCGAGCUGCAUGUCCCCAGAAGACCCUCGUGUUGCGGGGGCACAUGCGUGGGCGGGUCCUGGGCGAAUGUCCCGCUCUGCCAGCGACCCCACCUCAUGCGCAUCUAGCUCUGCAGGUGACGCCGCUUCCCAUAGUCCCUUGUGCAUUCGCGAUAUGGAAGCAGGAAUGUCCCAGACAGUGCGAGGGACUGUUCCCACGUCUUACUCUGCUGAGGCUUGUCAGCAACGACUUUGCCCACCUGGUGAACAGAGUGCUGCCUGGAAAACCGAGCAGCAGUUCAAGCCAGAGUCCUUGCAUCCUCUGUCCAAGCAGCGCCCUCACUCUUUGGUGGACAGCCACGCCUACACGGACACCCGCGUGUUGGUAGCUAAGUUCCUGGAGCACGCGCACGGUGCCCUCCCUGCUGAGGUGCGCCACGUAGUGCGCGCCAUCCGCUCGGUGGUUGCCUCUGAUGAACACCGCGCUGAUGACACCAUCCGUAGUGCCAGCAUUCUAGACCAGGUGUGA